AGGCACAAAACAUCUCUUCGGAUUGUACUUUGUCGCAUUCAAUAUAUUCAUAAUAAUUCUUUGUCAACAGUCAAUAUGGUCACUAAUCUGCCUUACGCUGCAGAUGCCGAGAGCCCCUUGAGACCCGAGGAACUCCAAGUCCUGCGAGCACAGUAUGAGAAGGAGGGUGAAUAUGUCGGAGUACAGACCAAAUUCAACUACGCCUGGGGACUCAUUAAAUCAAAUCUUCGAAGCGAACAACAGGAAGGUGUUAUCCUCCUCUCCCAGAUCUUUCGCACCGCUCAGGAACGUCGCCGUGAAUGCCUCUACUACCUCGCUCUCGGAAACUUCAAGCUAGGCAACUAUGCAGAAGCGCGCAAAUACAACGAUGCAUUGCUCGAGCAUGAACCCGGCAAUCUGCAGGCUGCUAGCCUGCGACAACUCAUCGAGGACAAAGUCGCCAAAGAGGGUUUGAUGGGAGUUGCCAUAGUGGGCGGUGUGGCUCUUGCUGCUGGAUUGAUCGGAGGUCUCCUUGUCAGAGGCUCUCGCAGACGAUGAGAAAUGAUUCUAUAUGACAGAUCCAACACGGCCAGUAUACGACAUGAAGUUUUCUCCGUACAUAUCUUCGUUUUGAUUGAUAGCUAAUUGACCACGGCAUGGGCGGGCGUUAUUCUUCUUACGAUCACUGUAUCUUUAAACUGUUUUCCCCUUUCGUUUUGCUGAUCGCGUAACAUGUCUGUUUGGCUUUAGUGUUUAUAUAUCAAGAUCACAGCUACAAAUCACAAUUUCUCUACUCCAGAUUAUCCACCCAAGC